AGGAAGUUUUUCCCGAAGUUUUGGCAGUGUUUGUUUUCACCUCUCUUGGCCAAGGAGGUGGCUGGGCUCUUGGGUAUUGGGAUAAGUGACUGUUAAAGCACAGAAUGCUGGACGCUCCUCUUUUGACUGUUAUCCCUUUUGUGAUGAAUAUAGGUAUUUUAAAAAUAAAACGUUAUUAGUCGUGCAAUUCAGCCAUGGUGCAUGUAAGGAGUUACUGUUUGGAGUGUCAUGGCUAGUCCUUUUUUCAGCUAUUUUCUUUUUUUUUUUCUGUUUUUUUUUCCUGUUUUUUUUUUCCUUCAGCAACAGAUGGGUUUAUGAAUGAUUCCUUAUGCAGUGAAAUGGAAAAGCCUGAAAACCUCAUAAGUUAUUCUAUGAAAUUCCUGCUUGGUGUGGGUUUUUGUCUGUGUAUGUUAACUGUGUAAUUGAUUGAGGGGUGUGUAUAUUUGCAUUCUGAAGAAAGUGAUGUUCCUUAACAAGAAGUUAACAUCAAGAACUUAAAAGGAAACUGAGUAUUCUGACUCGUCCUAGUGGAAUUUCAGUGGACAGCUCUAAAUAUGAUGGACCUCUGCUACAGAUUUUAUUUAUGAACAAUGUCAUUUCAAAACAAUAUCAUCAAGAAAUUGAAGAUUUUAUUUUUAAUUUAGUUCAGAAAUAUGAAGAGCAGCAGAGGUCUGAACCAGAAAAAACCCACUUCAAUGUUAAGCCGCAGCCCUCCAGUGUCCUUUUGGAAGAGGACUCUAAAGCAGCAAGCUCGAAUUCUGCUAAAAAAAUGAAGGAAGCCUUCAGUGUUGUAGGAAGUGUUCUGUAUUUUACCAAUUUUUGUCUUGAUAAACUGGGACAGCCUAUAUUAAAUGAGAAUCCACAGCUGACAGAAGGAUGGGAAAUACCUAAAUAUCAGCAAGUUUUCAGCCAGAUUCUCUCCCUAGAUGGACAAGAAAUACAAGUAAAACCAAAAAGGCCAAAACCUCAUUGUUUCAAUUGUGGUUCUGAAGACCAUCAAAUGAAAGACUGCCCAAAGCCACGAAACGCUGCUCGUAUAAGUGAGAAGAGAAAGGAGUAUUUGGAAGCUUGUGGUGAAGCCAGCAAUCAGAAUUUUCAGCAGCGUUAUCAUGCAGAAGAAGUAGAAGAGAGAUUUGGAAAAUUUAAACCAGGAGUAAUUAGUGGAGAGCUUCAAGAUGCACUUGGGGUCACAGAUAACAGUCUUCCUCCAUUUAUAUAUCGCAUGCGUCAGCUGGGUUAUCCUCCAGGUUGGCUCAAAGAGGCUGAAAUGGAGCACUCGGGCCUUGCACUUUAUGAUGGAAAAGAUGAUGGUGAAACAGAAGAUGAAGGAUCUCAUCAACCAAAAUGUGUCACUUAUGAUGUCUCUAAGUUGAUAAACUAUCCAGGCUUUAAUAUGUCCGCUCCAAGUGGGAUCCCAGAUGAAUGGCGGAUAUUUGGUUCCAUACCCAUGCAGCCAUCUCAACAGAAGGAUGUUUUUGCUAACUACCUUUCUAAUUUUCACGCGCCAAGUACAAAAUCGAGCAAUAAAAGGGCUGCAACACAGUCAAGCUCUCAUCAUUCAAAGCGACCAAAAGAAGACAACUUGGAGGUACCAGCAACUGACAUGGACCUAGAUUCUGAUCUGGAAGUGUCACAAAGAUCUCAAACUCGUAAAAGCUUUCAGUUCCAGCCUCCACUGCCACCUGGACCUCCAUCGAGUUCAACUCCUCCCCCUUUACCACGAGGGACACCUCCACUUACUCCACUAAAUUCUACACCACCUCAACCUCCAACACCCGCUCCCCCUCCUCCUCCUAGGACUAGUCCACCUUCACUCUUUUCUCAGCCAAAAAUAGUGGACUCAACGAUGGAUGAGGAUACUCUGACUUUAGAAGAGCUGGAGGAACAGCAGCGAUUAAUUUGGGCAGCCCUAGAGCAGGCAGAAAGCACGAACAGUGACUCUGAUAUUCCUGUUGAUACACCUUUAACUGGAAACUCUGUUACAUCAUCCCCAUCUAGGAAUGAAGUAGAUCUUGUUGCAGAAGUAAGAUCAUCUGACAAAGUGGUUACAGUGGAAACUAAGUUUUCUGACACUAGCACACAGGUACCAGGAAAUGAACAUUCUAAAACUAGUCCUAAUCCAGGGGAUAAUUCACUUAAUUUAAAGGAAAAUCCUAAUAAUGUGGAUUCUGAAGGCAUGCUGGAUAACACCACCCCGGCUCCCGAAGUUGAGGUUAACAACGGAGGAAAUACAGAUGUUUAUCAAGUGGUCACAAGCACUGAAUCAUCUGCAAAAAACUCCAGUCCUGUUCCUGACAUGAGCAAGUUUGCUGCAGGAAUAACACCAUUUGAAUUUGAAAAUAUGGCAGAAUCAACAGGUGUUUAUCUUCGCAUACGGAGUGUUUUAAAAAAUUCCCCGAGAAACCAGCAAAAGAAAAAGCCCUCAUCUUAACUGGUCUUCCUUUGUUCCAUUAUGUCCAAAUCCCUGCAUCCUUAUCUUUCCUCCUCCAAUUUUACAAAGUCAGAUAAUCUUUUUUUAUCCUUCUCUGGGAAGGAGAAACUCUGGAAAAAUACAGCCCCUGGUCUACCUUGGAACUGCAGUCAGCACAGGGUUUCCAUAUUGACCGGGACCAAUACUGCCAGAAAAUAUGCAGGAAUUUCCCAUAUCCUUCCACUAAGGAAGAACAGGACUGUUGAUUUAUUAAGAACAAUUUACUUGCCAAUACAUGAAACUCUAAAAAGAAGAAGUUGUGGGUUGGUGUUCAUUACUUUGGCUAAAAUUUAUUGUCCUUGAGGUUCAGGUGGAUUGAUGAUUUUUUUUUUUUAAAUCUGUUCUUUGUACAAUAACCUAUACUUUAUACGUUUUGCUAAUUAUCCUGUAGAUAAGUUUAAUAUAUUCAGAACGUUUUUAAAAAGGGUGAACAUUAAGAUUUCCCGCAUCUAAAUCCUGGCAAUUGGAUGGAAGUAAUCAGGGACUACCAGCAUUAUCGUCACCAUUUCAAAUAUUUUUAUAAAUUAUUUAUGUGGGUCAGUUUUAAGUACCACUAUAUCUUUUGUAACAUCCUCCUUCCUGUAAACUUGCUGUACAUACCUGUUCAUUUUUGUGUACAGAGGUUUAAUAAAUGAGUUUUUAUAUAAAGAUUUUUUUAAUUGGAGUCCUAAACCAUCAAAAUGCUGAUUUUCUUAAAAAAAAAAAAAAA